AUGGACACAUAUGAAAGUGUAUUGCUGGUCAAGAAUGAGGUAUUCGUGUUUAAAAUACCUCCAAGAACAUCAAAUAGGGGAUAUAGGGCGGCGGAUUGGAAUCUGCAAGAACCGCAAUGGACUGGGCGUAUGCGCCUUGUUGCGAAAGGCGAGGAACUGAUAAUGAAAUUGGAGGACAAAACUACCGGAGAAUUGUUUGCGAAGUGUCCUAUUGAUAAAUAUCCAGGAGUGGCUCUGGAGGCAGUAACUGACAGUUCACGCUAUUUUGUAGUAAGAAUUCAAGAUGAUAAUGGCCGUAGUGCUUACAUUGGUUUAGGGUUUGGUGAUAGAUCAGAUUCAUUUGAUCUUAAUGUUGCACUUCAAGAUCACUUCAAAUGGUUGAAGAAAGAACAAGAAGGUGAUCAGUCACAACAGCAACAACUUGAUCUAGGCUUCAAAGAUGGAGAAACAAUUAAAAUAAAUAUGAAAAUCACUAAAAAGGAUGGCAGUGAAGGCAGUCGACCGAAGCGGGCUGGUGCCGCAGCUGUGGGUGGUUUGUUGCCCCCCCCUCCGGGUGGUUCACGGCUUCCACCACCCCCAUCACCGCAGCAUGCGCCUAACCCGGCUGUUCCAACGGCUGCUACUGCUAAUUCUGAAUGGGGUGACUUCAAUUCUGCAAGUGCUACCAGUCAGAAACCCACUACUCCAGCAAAUCAACAAAAUUGGGUGCAAUUU